AUGGCGCCCUUCCUCCUUGUCCUGCUCGCCGUCCUCCUCCCCGCGCCGCCCAGCCUCGGAGCAGGCUACGGGGAGGGCUCGGGAACCAUCGACAUCACCAAGAUCCUCGCCGGCUUCCCGGAGUUCAGCAACUUCAGCGCCAUGCUCACCGAGACCAACGUCGCGCUCGCCAUCAACAGCCGCGACAAGGUCACCGUGCUCGCGCCCAACAACACCGCCGUCGCCGCGGCGUUCGGCGGCGUGCCCAAAAUCCCGCGCUCGUUCCUGGCGGACCUCCUCGCGCUCCACGUCGUGCUCGACUACAUCGACGAGCCCAGGCUGGGCGUGCUGAAGCGCGGGCGCAUAGGCCAGGGAUCCGUGGUCACCACGCUGCUGCAGGGCAUGCGCGCCGUUCCGCGGGGCACCGGCUUCCUCCGCGUCUACUCCGGGCGCGACGGGCGCGCCACGAUCUCCUCCGCCGCGCCCGCGGGGCUCCGGAACGCCACCGUCGAGAGGGUGGUCGCCGCCCAGCCGUACAGCCUGGCCGUGCUGCAGGUGAGCGGCUUCGUCGUCCCACCGGGCGUCAGAGUCCCGAAGCCGUUUCCACCACCAAGGGCGAGGCACAUGGCAGCGCCACCGGGCCAGGCGCCGGCGGCUGCGCCUGGACCCCGGCGCAUGGCAGCGCCACCAGGCCAGGCGCCGGUGGCUGCGCCUGGACCCCACCAUGAACCUUUCAUUGGUUCCGGCCCGCUGGUUCCGUCCCCGAUCAGGCCGAUGCCUACACCAAACCUCACAAAUAGUCCACCGGCGGCGCCAGGUGAGACAGGAGUCAUUCCGAUUCCUAGAUCGCACGGUGGCAUGGCAGCGAAGGUUCCAUCGGCCGCCGAAGCCGGACGCAUUGCGGCGAGCUGGUGGACUGGAGUAGCUGUGGCGCUCGGUAUCAUGACAUGCCUGAAUUUGCAUUUGUAA